AUGACCAAGCCAAGAUUGAUCAUCCUAGUUCGUCACGGCCAGUCUGAAGGCAACAAGAACCGCGAAAUCCACCAGACCGUUCCCGAUCACAGAGUGAAGCUUACACCAGAAGGCUGGAACCAAGCCCAUGAUGCUGGACGCCGUCUCCGCAGUCUUCUUCGCCCUGACGACACCCUCCAGUUCUUUACUUCGCCAUACCGCCGAACACGAGAAACCACAGAAGGAAUUCUUGAGAGCUUAACCUCUGAUGAUGCCUCACCAUCGCCGUUCCGCCGAGCUAACAUCAAGGUGUACGAAGAACCCCGGUUACGUGAGCAGGAUUUCGGCAACUUCCAACCAUGCAGUGCUGAGAUGGAGCGCAUGUGGCAGGAACGAGCUGACUACGGCCACUUCUUCUACCGCAUACCCAACGGCGAGAGCGCUGCCGAUGCCUACGAUCGGGUUAGCGGCUUUAACGAGAGUCUGUGGCGACAGUUUGGCGAAGACGAUUUCCCUAGUGUCUGCGUGUUAGUGACCCAUGGGCUCAUGUCCCGUGUCUUUCUCAUGAAAUGGUACCAUUUCACUGUCGAAUAUUUCGAAGAUCUCCGAAACAUCAACCACUGCGAGUUCCUCAUUAUGCGAAAGCAAGAGAACCAGAAAUACCUUCUCGAAAACAAACUACGAACAUGGUCAGACUUACGGCGAGAACGCAAAGACAAGGACAAAGAGGACAAGGAUAAGGAUAAGGACUGUUCUAAACUCCCACGUACCAAGACUUUCGUUGUCACACGGAAGUGGGGUGGAUGUCCCAAUGGCUGUGAUCACAGCCGCCACUACGCUAAGCGUGAGGAUUUGGAGAUUAUGCGCAAGCAGGAUCACGAAAACGGAGGCCCAGAACCUUACGGUGCGGGUACGUGCCCGGAUGAAAUCAUCACAAUCACCAACCGGAAGCAGAAGCCAAAACAACUCGAAUGCCUUGCCAGCAAGAGUCAGAGCGCCACUCUUGAUGCUGAUGACGACGGUCCUGAGAUCGACAUCUCUUCAAACCAUGAGAGCAAGUCUGUUUCUGACCUCAACGACACCCCUUCGGUCAUCUCGUCCAGUGAAUACAUCCAGUCACCCUACUUGCACAUUGGCCGCGAUGGGGGCGGUACCUAUUCAGGCCACACCUCUGCUGCUGAGACUGACAACGAAUCGUCAGAGGAUGAAAACAUAAGCUUACACCGUAUCGCCUCCCUCAAUGCUCAUGUUAACAAGACUACUGGCGAAAAAAGCGUCAAAGCUCCAUACAGCCAUAAGCCCCUCCUCAAAGCCGGCCCUGAGCAUUUAGCAUACACGAGCGAUAAGGAUAGCCCGGAUGAAUAUGCUCGAACUAACCGUCUUGGCGAUGCUUCCACGGAUUCUUCCUGCAACGGUGACGGUGAUCAUGAGGAUUUGGACCAUGCUGAACAGCAUGACCGUAGCAUUCGUGGCAGCGUGUACUGA